AUGAAUGCGUUGAUCGAACUUGAUGAUGAAUUGCGACGGACUCAAAUGAAUGGGACGACGUACGAUGCGACGUCAUCUGAAGCUCCAACAUCUGCUCCAGUGGAGAGAGCUGCGAACGCGUUGGCGAUGAGAACGAAAGCAAGAAGAGUUGCGAUCCAGUGGCUCAUUGUAGCGAGAGUACGAGAGGAGACGAUUACCUGA